UCAUUUAUUAUGUUUAUUGGCCUCCUGGUAGUCCUUGUACAAAUUGCCCAUCUCUGCUAGUUGUUUGUCUUUUUCUUGUUGAUUUCUCGGAGUUCUUUACAUAUGAAGAAUGGUGGGCAGGGUCUGGUGGACAUGCUGGCACCCACGCUCUCUUCUCCUUGCAGUGGUUGGCUGGCAGCGAUCGGGUUCUUCCAGACCAGUGUCGGGGCCGCCGUGAUCAUGCUGCUUCCAGCCAUCAUGUUCUCCAUGUCGGCCGCCAUGAUGGCCAUUGUGAUCAUGAAGGUGCACAAGAUCUACCGGGGGGCCGGUGGAAGCUUCCAGAAGGCGCAGACGGAGUGGAACACGGGCACUUGGCGGAACCCGCCGUCUCGGGAGGCACAGUACAACAACUUCUCGGGGAACAGCCUGCCCGAGUACCCCACCGUGCCCAGCUACCCGGCUGGCGGCAGCCAGUGGCCUUAGAUGGAGUGGCCGGCCUGCCUCCCCCCCCACUCCUGCCGCCACCCUGGGUCCCCUGAGCCCCUAAGCCUGUACCCCCGCCCCUUCCAGGCAGCGGCUCGGCCCUCCCCCAGCUGGGAUGGCAGGAGGGGCUGGUGGACUAGGGCUUCCAGCCAGGCGGGCGGACCCUGGGGGCUCUUGAGGACCCACACUCACCUUCAUCUCACUCCCAAGAGCCGAGCUCCUUGCAGACACUGCCCAGAGCUGUCCAGCCUCUGCCGUCCAGCAGAAGGACGCUCCUUCUGCCCCCAAAACGUUUGCCCCAAAACGGUGUAGCGGCCACACCCUCUCCCCUCGGGGUCUCGGCGGUCGCCGCAUGCCCAGGGAGAGGGAGGCCUUGGCACCAGAUUCUGGGCCCCUCCGGGCGACAGAGGGACCUGAUGUAUAGUGGGGUCGCCCAUAUCUCUGUUCUCCCAAGUCCCCGCCCACCUGCAGUAGGAGGGCUCACGGGGAUGAGCCCUUGGGGACGGCCAGAGCCCGCUUUGCCACCUCUGUGCAGUGAUCUGAGCCCCUGUCUGUCUGUCCAUCCACCCCGGUCGCUCUGCGCUGCGCUCCUUGGCUGCUGUGGGGCCAGCUUGCCUCCGGCCUUCCUGCCACGGUCACUCGCGUCCACAGACGCGCGCUCUUCCCCGUAGCGGUCUAGAGCUCCAGUGCCCUGGUGUGGCUACAGGAGAGAGGCCCCACUACCCCCCACCCGUACCGGGACAAAACCUGGGACGGAAUCCCCUUGGGAGAGGAGGGGACCGUUGGCCUCUGCCCCCCACCCCCACCCUCAGCGUGCAGACGGGAAAACAGGUGGCGUCUUGAGGUCACUGCCUGCCCCGAGGCCGGGCGUCGGAGGGUGACGCUGGGCCGGCUGCUCAGGGGCUGCGGGGCCACACGGCCCUUUUCUGGAUCUGCAGGAAGCAGGAGAUUGAGUUUCUCAGGAGAGCGGCCUUUUAGGAGAUGACAUGACCCAUCUCUGUGCCUUAUUGAGGAAUCUGAACAGCCGUCACUUUGCUCUGCUCCCCUCCUCCGAUUCUUCUAGCUCCUUCCAGACCAGGGGACCGAGCAUCCCGGGGGGGGGGGUCUCCGCAGCACCUGCGUGAGCGAACGGACCAAAGGAGGCCUCCUGGUGGCCUCUUAGCCCGUGCUGGCCAGGCUUCCCGGGUGCCCUGACACUGCCCCUCGGCCUCUUCCUCAUGACACCCCGCCCCGCUGGACGCCCGCCUCUCCAGAAGCCCCCGGCCCAUGGGGCCGGACCUGUUCCCCGCACCCGCGCUUGCUUGCCUUAGCUACUUGUGCCGUGGUCCCUGGAGAAAGUGGCUGCGUCCAGGUCCCCAGAGGACGAGGCCUCUGGAUGGAGACCCCAGCCUCGGGUCUCCUGGCAUCCCGUAACACCCCCGAGCCAGCCUCCUGCACUGAGAGGCUCACGCUGUGCUAACCGUGGGGCUGAAUCUCGUCAUGACCCUAACGCCGAUGGUGACAGCCCGUUCACCAGGUGUCACCAGGCAUAGGAGGAAUACCGUGGAUUCGCCCACAGCACCCUCCCCUGUGCCCCCCACCGUAUUUGGCGCCUUUGUUAAUACAGGGUAGUUAGUGGUUUUUGUUACCUGAAAAUAUUCUGGAAAUAAAUACAAUUUUUCUGCA